UUGCUGUAGGAGCCGGAAGGACGUCAAAGUGAUCCGAGCUGUGAGUCGUGAGUGGAGGAUUUCGAAUCGUUGGUAGAGCACUCUGUUGGCUCGCCGACUGAUGUCUUCGAAUCGAUUUGUUUUACAGAGUCCUGCGUCAGUCUCUCCUUGGCGUUCGUACCGUCACAUCGCACAUCCCUCCAACGAAAAAAACAUCGCGAACUUGAGUCCUCAUAUCAAAAAUGUACGGCUUCGUCAAUUAUGCUUUGGAGCUGCUCGUCCUGAAGACGUUCGGGGAGGAGACUUGGGAAACUAUCAAAAAAAGAGCAGAAGUUGUACUGGAAGGGCAGUUUCUAGUGAGACAAAUAUAUGAUGAUGAAUUGACAUACAAUAUUGUCGGAGCUGCUGAAGAAAUAUUAAAAAUCCCAGCAAAUACAAUACUGGAACUUUUUGGAAAAAUGUUUUUCGAAUUUUGUAAGGACUCUGGAUAUGACAAAAUUCUUCAAUGUCUUGGUGCAACACCGCGGGAUUUUCUACAAAACCUCGAUGCGCUUCAUGACCAUUUGGGCACCCUGUACCCCGGAAUGAGAGCCCCUUCAUUUAGAUGUACAGAACAGUCAGACGCUGGCACUUUGAUUUUGCAUUAUUACUCAGAUAGGCCAGGAUUGGAACACAUCGUCAUCGGUAUUGUAAAAGAAGUUACAAGCAGCCUGCACAACACUGAAGUUAAAGUUGAAAUAAUAAAAACUAAAGAAGAGUGUGACCAUGUUCAAUUUUUAAUCACCGAAAAAGGUGGAAAUGGGAAAGUUGCACCUCCUGAUUUGAAUGAAUUCGAGACCCUAUCACAAGAGCCAAAAAUUAGUCCGAAAACAUUUUGUAAUAUAUUUCCUUUCCACAUGAUGUUCGAUAGAGAGCUGAAACUUCAUCAAACAGGAUCUGCUAUUGCAAGAAUAAUUCCAAGAGCAACCUCUCCUCUCUGUCAUUUAACUGAUUUGGUAGACCCUGUCAGGCCACAUUUGGAAAUUACUUUCGAUAAUAUCCUUGCCCACAUAAAUACAGUUUAUGUUCUUAAAACCAAACAGGGGAUCAUCAAAAGCCAAACUCCUGAAUUAUCCGCAAUGAGGCUAAAAGGUCAAAUGCUUUAUGUACCAGAAAGUGACAUGGUCAUUUUCAUUUGUUCCCCGAGUGUUAUGAAUCUUGAUGAUCUCAUAAGUCGGGGAUUAUACAUUAGUGACAUACCACUACACGAUGCAACAAGGGAUCUCGUAUUAAUGUCUGAACAAUUUGAGGCUGAUUACAAGUUGACUAAAAAUUUGGAAAUUCUCACCGAUAAGCUUCAAAGCACAUAUAGAGAAUUGGAUGGCGAAAAACAAAAAACUGACAGAUUACUUUACUCAGUAUUGCCAAUAAGUGUUGCUAAUGAACUGAGACAUAAGAGACCAGUCGCACCAAAAAAAUAUGGAUGUGUUACUCUACUGUUUUCUGGGAUUGUUGGAUUCAGCGAUUAUUGUGCCGCACAUACAGACUCACAGGGUGCCAUGAAAAUUGUCCAACUCCUAAACAGUCUUUACACAGCUUUUGACGUUUUAACCGACCCAAAAAGAAACCCCAAUGUUUACAAGGUGGAAACAGUCGGUGACAAAUAUAUGGCUGUAAGUGGCCUUCCAGAAACAUGCGAUGAUCAUGCAAGGUGUAUUGCUCGAUUAGCCCUAGACAUGAUGGAUUUGGUGAAAGAAGUUAAAAUUGAUGAAAACCCAGUGAACAUUACAAUUGGUAUUCAUUCCGGAGAAGUUGUGACAGGUGUCAUUGGACACAGGAUGCCGAGGUAUUGUCUAUUUGGGAACACUGUCAAUUUAACAUCCCGAACUGAAACUACUGGCGAACAAGGGAGAAUAAAUGUUUCGGAAGAUGCUUACAGGUGCCUUCAAGAGAAGUCCAACGCAGAUUCUCAAUUUAAAUUCACAUACAGGGGCCCGAUAACCAUGAAAGGGAAAUCGGAACCGAUGAAAGUCUGGUUCCUUUCAAGAAGAUCAGAAAUUAUUUUGUAAAUAUUCUCAUGGGAGAAUGACCUCAAACUUAAAUUUAACAACAGUGUAUUCAUGUAUAAUGUUAAAUUAGUUAAACCUUUGAAUCACACUUUUUUUUGAAAAAUUUUCAUUAAGAGAUCUAAUAUGAUUCAGUAAAAUGUAUAAACAAAAAAUUCUUCAUAUAACUUCAAUGAAUUAAAAAAAAAAAUUAGAAGAAUAGUAUUUGUGUUAAAUGUGUUGUGUAGUGUCGUUGAAUGAAAUUCUUCAUAUUUUAAUUUUAAACAUUGUAUAUCACGUUCAGAGUUAACAUAUUUGUCAUCAUGCUCAAAAGCAAAAUAAUUAUACAGAUGAACAGUCCGUUGAAAAUAAAAAAAGAAAUAUAAAUGUUUAUUUUUAUGUACCUUUCAAGGGGAAAUAUCACAGUUCUAGUCAUUGAAAAUGAUUAAAACUAUUUAAUUCUACUAAUGUAAUAAAAGCAAAAAAAAUGAUAGAUUGUGAGCCCAUUGUUAACGAUAAAAAACAAUUGUGUACAAUUAAUACAAAAAACAAUGAGAGAAUAUGUCAUACUGACUGUGCUUUAUUUAUUAAAACUGCAAUGGAACAAGUAAAUUCAUAAAAUUUAUUUUUAUAUAUAAAAUUAUUUGGAUUAGUUCAAUCCCAAAAUAAUAGGAAUUGUAAAAAAAUACUAAUUUUUAUACAAGACUCGGUUUAAUUUUAAAUUGCAUAAAGUUUGAAUAGUGUAAUAUUGUUUUAGUAGUUAAUUUAUAAACAAUAGAUUCUAACAUCAUAGAAAAUAUACCAAAGUUUAAGAUUUAGGAGCUAUAAAAAAAAAUCUCAGUUUCAGAAGGAAAGG